GAAGGUGUCAACACGGAAGCGGGCGCAGUCGUGAGGGAUUGGCCCACUCCGCCCCCCUCGCCGGUAUCGCUAUUUAAAUAGAAAAGGGGAAGCUUGGUCCGUCGUUUUAACUGCCUCCAGAUCUCCGAGCAUGCAGCGCGCGCGUGCCCUCUUCUCGUGCCUCUGUAUUGCGGCCGUGUGCGCGCGAUUGUGCGCCGGAGGAGCCGCGAGACAGACGCAGGUCCUCGGCUUUUCAUGGGAGAAUUGUGGGCCUAGCGGAGCCCCUGCGGUUGUCAAGAGCCUUGACGUUUCCCCAGACCCCAUCAUCAUCCCCGGUUCCCUGACAGCUGCAGCAGCGGGGCGCACCACGGUCGAGCUGAGCUCGCCGCUCCAGGUGAACCUGACUCUGGAGAAGGAGGUGGCUGGGUUCUGGGUGAAGGUGCCCUGUCUGGAGGAUAUUGGAAGCUGUGUCUACCCAGAUGUGUGCCAGCUGCUGGACAUGGUCAUACCCCCAGGGCAGGACUGUCCUGAGCCCCUGCACACCUAUGGGUUGCCCUGCCACUGCCCUUUCAAGGCUGGGGACUACACGCUCCCAAAGUCCGACUUCUACGUGCCCUACGUGGAACUCCCAUCGUGGCUCACCAACGGGAACUACAGGGCUGAGGCCACUGUGAGCUGCCAGCAGAAAGAAGUGGCGUGUCUCAAAGUGUCCUUCUCUCUCCACACGGAAUAGAGGAGUGCCUCAGUUGCUGGCUUCCCUUUGUUGUAUCCCACAGGCAUCCAGUUUGCUCUCAUACUUGGCUCUCACCUGCUUGGCAGCUUCCAAAAUACAUUCAUUUGCACUUUGAGAGUGCCUUCAAGACCAGUAAUGUAAGCUUUGAAAUCACAAGCCAAUGCAACUUGAUUCUUAUUGCUAUUGUCUGUCUGCACAUGUUUAUUACAAUCAACUUCCUUCUGUCUUCCAUUAGUCUGCUGAAAUAACCAGUGUUUGAAAUGAUUGCUGCUUGUCUAAAAAUCAAUUUUAGUGUGAUAACAAUGCUAUGCUGAGGAUUUAGGGGUGCACACACAGUUCCUCAUACAGGAAUAAAAUGAGUCCCUGCACCUUGAAACUGGAGAUUAACUUGUAUUCAAUCCUCUCUCAUGGCUU